AUGAUUGCUAACCUUCACAAUCUGAAUCUUCAAAUGGGAAAUUGUCAAAGUGUAGAGCUGCUCAAUGUGAUACCACUCCCUCUGUUUCAAGUCAUUACUCGCAAGCAUCUGGAAUAUCUGUGGAGACCUUACGGUCCAUAUGUGGUCAAAGCUGUGAAGACUUCUGGAAACCAGAACAACUACAGUGGGCAGGAGACAUCUGAAGUAAAUACGGUCAACUUGCUGGCGAUGUGCACAGAAGCUGAAGAGCCGAAACUGUACUUGGCUAAGAAGAAGAAAAAUACUUAA